AUGUCUGCCAUGUCCCCUUCCAAUCACACAGGCACCAGCCCUUCUUUCUUUAUCCUGGUGGGCAUCCCAGGCCAAGAGGAUCUCCACCUCUGGAUCUCCAUACCCUUCUUCCUGAUGUACCUGGUGGCCCUUUCAGGGAAUUCUGGCCUCCUCUUGAUCAUCGCCACUGAGCGCAGCCUCCACCAGCCCAUGUACCUCUUCCUUUCCCUUCUGGCGGGGGCCCAUCUCAUGCUCACCACCACUACGGUGCCCAAAAUGCUCGACAUCUUCUGGGCGGAUGCUGGGGAGAUCCCCUUCGCCGCCUGCAUUGCCCAGACUUCCCUGCUCAUUUUCCUUUUCGUUUCAGAGUCUUGCUGGCCAUGGCAUUUGACCGCUAUGUUGCCAUCUGCAGGCUGCUCAGGUAUGCCACGGUAUUGAUGCCUCCGCUGAUGGUCCGGAUGGGGGUGGCUGGGGUGGUCCCCUUUGCCUUCCUCUUGAAGAGGUUGCCAUAUUGCGAGACGAACGUAAUUCCCCACAUGUACUGCGAGCACAUGGCUGUGGCCGCUCUGUCCUGCGGAGACAUCACUGCCAACAACAUCUACAGGUUAGCCGUCUCUCCCCUGUCUACGGGGCUGGAUGUGGUGCUCAUUGCGGUCUCCUACGUCCUGAUCCUAAGGUCCAUCUUCCGGAUGCCGUCCAGAGAUGCCCGGGGAAAGGCACUCAGCACCUGCGGCUCCCACGUCUGCAUCAUCCUCAUGUUCUACAUCCCAGCGUACUUCACCAUCCUGGCGCACCGCUUUGGCCAGAACAUCCCCCGGUACGUCCACAUCCUCUUGGCCAACGUGUACCUGCUCCUUCCCCCCAUGUUGAACCCCAUCAUUUACGGGGUGAAAACCAAGGAGAUUUGGGAGCAGGCAGUUCUCCUCUUCUCCCAAAUUGGGAAGAGGUGCUGA